AUGAGAUUGACUUCGAUCGCAGUUGCACUGGCACCAAAGCGAUUUGUUCACUUAAAUCUCCAGGGAAGAGGUAAUCCUCUAACUUCUCCUUCAUCCUUCCGUUGCUGGACUCGAGCUUUCUCUGGUCGCAGUGAUGAUUACAGAGAGAAGCUGAGAAAUGGGUUUCUACAAGAUAUGAAGUUAGAUGAUGCGGUUGGUUUGUUCAGUGAGAUGGUAAAGUCUCGUCCUUUCCCUUCAAUUAUCGAUUUCAGUAAACUGUUGACUGCAAUUGCCAAGUUGAAGAAGUAUGAUGUUGCCAUCUCUUUGGGUGAGAAGAUGCAGAAGUUAGGGAUUUCACAUAAUAUCUAUACAUACAAUAUUUUGAUAAACUGUUUCUGCCGCUCCUCUCAACUCCCUCUGGCUUUAGGUAUGCUUGGUAAGAUGAUGAAACUUGGCUAUGACCCCAACGUCGUCACACUUUCUUCGCUUCUCAAUGGUUUCUGCCGCUGUAAUAAGAUCUCCGAUGCCGUAGCGUUGGUUGAUCAAAUGGUGGAAAUGGGGUAUCAACCAGACAAAGUGACAUUUACAACUCUAAUCCACGGGCUCUUUCUCAACAACAAAGUUUCCGAAGCUGUGGCUUUAGUUGACCGAAUGGUCGAGAAAGGAUGUCAACCAGAUCUGGUUACUUAUGGUGCUGUAGUAAAUGGAGUGUGUAAGAGAGGUAAUAUUGAUUUGGCUUUAGAUCUGCUCACGAAGAUGGAAAAGGGGAACAUUGAGGUGAAUGUUGUGAUCUACAAUACAGUCAUUGAUGGUCUUUGCAAAUACAAACAUGUCGAUGAUGCACUCAACCUAUUCAAUGAAAUGGAGAACAAAGGAGUUAGAGGAAAUGUUGUUACUUACAACUCCCUCAUAAGCUGUCUUUGUUGUUAUGGAAGAUGGAGUGAUGUAUCUCGACUACUAAGCGAUAUGAUUGAGAGGAAAUCAACCCCGAUGUUUUUACUUUUAGUGCACUGA